AUGCCGGUGGACGAGCGCGACCUGCAGGCGGCGCUGACUCCGGGCGCCCUGGCCGUGGCCGCCGCCGGCACCGCGACCCAGGGCCGAAGGCUGGACUGGCCCGAGGGCUCCUCGGACUCGCUCAGCUCCGGGGGCAGCGGCUCCGACGAGAGCGUGUACAAAGUGCUGCUGCUGGGGGCGCCCGGCGUGGGCAAGAGCGCCCUGGCGCGCAUCUUCGGUGGUGUCGAGGAUGGUCCUGAAGCAGAGGCCGCAGGGCACACAUAUGACCGUUCCUUCAUGGUGGAUGGCGAAGAAGCAUCACUCAUGGUCUAUGAUAUUUGGGAGCAGGAUGGGGGUCACUGGUUGCCUGGCCACUGCAUGGCCAUGGGGGAUGCAUACGUCAUCGUGUACUCAAUAACUGACAAGGGCAGCUUUGAGAAGGCCUCAGAACUUCGGGUCCAGCUACGGCGAGCCCGGCAGACCGACGAUGUGCCCAUCAUCCUGGUGGGCAACAAGAGUGACCUGGUCCGCUCUCGCGAGGUCUCCGUGGACGAGGGCCGGGCCUGCGCAGUGGUCUUUGACUGCAAGUUUAUAGAGACGUCAGCGGCACUGCAUCACAACGUCCAAGCGCUGUUUGAGGGUGUUGUGCGUCAGAUACGCCUGCGCAGAGACAGCAAAGAGGAUAAUGCACGAAGGCAAGCUGGUACCCGGCGGCGGGAGAGUCUUGGAAAGAAGGCAAAGCGCUUCCUAGGCCGCAUCGUAGCACGCAACAGUCGCAAGAUGGCCUUCCGCGCCAAGUCCAAGUCUUGCCACGACCUCUCAGUUCUCUAAGGCUCUGGGGGUUCCCAAUACAGUGGGAAGAUGGAUGGGCUGAGGUGAUGGCCCUCCUUUUAUGCCCCUCAGAACUGGGCAUGCCUCAUGCCACAACUCGUGGACAGACAGACAGUGCUUGGCCUGGGAGGUGUGUCUUUUGGUGACCCGUGAGGGCUGGGCCCAUCAAGAUGCAUGUGCAGGCCCAUGUGCAUCCCAGAAGCAGGCUGGGCCCAGCCCUUGGCAGGCCUGUGUGUGUGGGGACAGGACUCCACCUUCCUCCUUGCAGGUGUGCAUGCCCUGGAGAGAGGCUGUUCGAUGCAGUUGCUAUUUGUUUACAUGCAUUUUUUUGUAAUAAAGAA